AUAGGGUAGAUUCUUUCAUGGAAGCUGCUUGAAGUUAUGCAAUAAGAUUGAAAGGAAUGAUGGUAAUAGAAAUGUAUUCAAUUUAAAAAGAGGAACUUCUUAGGUUUCUUUGAUAUUUGAUGAUGGGUCAUAAACAGGAUAGCUUUCCAUUUCCCAAAUCCCUCUCCACCACCCAUCUCAAGAGAAAGCUUCCUCUGAAAACUACAUACUUGAAUAUUCAAGAUGCAACAGAUGGGUGGAAUGCCAUUCGGGUCCGUGGGGCGCCUGCCAUCGCCAUUGUAGCGGCCCUUUCCCUUGCUGUAGAAGUUUCUAACUUGAAGGACUUUACUGGAACUUCUGAUGAUGCUGCGUCUUUCAUUUCAAUAAAAUUGGAAUAUCUCGUCUCAAGUCGCCCAACUGCAGUGAAUCUUGCAGAUGCUGCUACAAAACUUAAGAGAAGUUGUAUUGAAGGCUGCUGCAGCUUCUACAGAAAGCGAGGCUGUUUUCCAGGUACUAUUAAACAUUACCUGCAUGAAAUCCUUCUUCAGGGAAAAUAUGCUCAGUCUGAUUACUUAUUGCUUACAUUGAAGCUCCGGCACUUAUGCUUAAGGAUGAUGUUGCUUCAAACAAAGCAAUUGGGUCAUGGUGCAAGUUUCAUUCAGCGGCAUCUGGAAAACUCAGAAAGGUUUUCAGUCUUGACCUAUUGCAACACUAGAAGUCUUGCAACAGCUGGGUAUGGUACUGCCCUCGGUGUAAUUCGUGCCCUUCAUGCUAAGGGAGUGUUGGAAAGGGCCUAUUGCACAGAAACACGUUCAUUCAAUCAGGGUUCUCGACUCACAGCUUUCGAAUUAGUACAUGAGAACAUACCUGCAACUCUGAUAGCCGAUUCUGCCGCAGCUGCACUAAUGAAAGAUGGUCGUGUCGGUGCUGUCAUUGUUGGAGCAGAUCGUGUGGCCUCAAAUGGUGAUACUGCUAACAAGAUUGGAAAAUACAGCCUUGCCUUAUGUGCAGAUUAUCAUAAAAUCCCAUUUUAUGGUGCUGCACCACUGACUUCCAUCGAUUUAUCCCUUUCUUUCGGAGAAGAAAUUAUAAUAGAGGAAAGAUCUCCAAAAUUGCAAAAAGUAGACAACCAAAAAGUAGGUGGGGGAAAUCAUCUUCAAGUGUGGGUUAGGGUUUAUCCUGAGCCCACAACCUUGCGCCAAUCCAACACAUCUUUAGAAACAACUUUGCCACCCUUGACGUGCAGAAAUCUAACGCGCAUGAUACUUAUGCAAGAGGAUUAUGUGCAAGAAAGUGGAGGACAUGAUUUGGACUACGUACCUUCACGACAGAGGAUUGGUACAGACGAACAGAUUGGUUUAGAAUCUUCAGCCGUGUUCACCAGCUAUCAAGGGAAAGGGAACUGACACUCUAACAAUAGAACCAAUGCGUCAGA